AUGGCCGCGUCCGAUGACUUUCCGUGUAUCCUAACAAUCGACACUCCCUUUCCUACCCACCGCCUAGCCAGCGCCGCAAUCCGCACUCUUUCCGUCGAUCAAGAACUCUCCCCUCUGGUCCGUCGCGACUUUUCGCUCCACCGUCCGUCAGAUGCCCCUCCAAAAGCGCUAGAGACUGAUCCUCUUCGCGCCUCGCUUUUGACCAAUGCCGCUCCUACCGCUUCGCUAGACGCUGUUCAAUCGACACAGCCUACGUCUGACGAGGAAGAUGCCACAGUACUACGCACUAUCUACCGCGCAACUACCAAUCGAAUGCUCCGUGUCUCGGUGAAUGGCUUCUUUGAAAGUCUCAAUGUCGUGCUGCAGGUCAUGCAGGAACUUGACGUCGAUGUACUCCAGGACAAAGGUCUCGAGGAUCUUGAAGGCGCCCAGGGUGUUGAGCAGGGCAUGAUUGGAACCACACUGACUGGCGCUUGA